AUGGUUUUCCGACGUUGCGCGACGACGAGUCGCAGCCGUCGGAGGGAACGACAGCUGUCGCACAGUCUGCCAGUCGUCGCUUUGGCGCUGCUGGCCUUCGCGAUACGGCCGUUGGAAGGCGCCUCGAGCAGCGCCGGCUUCGCGAAUUCAUGGGCGAAUCAUCUCCUCCGCUACUCCCGCCUCCCCCGCCACGAGCAAUCCACUGACGCGUCACUCCUCCCAUCCUCGUUACAGUCCGCACCGACAUCAUCGCACAACGCACCCGCUUCGUUUCUCCCAUCCGCCCUUCCUUCCGCCUCCGCCGCCAACUCGCGCCGCGUCUCCGCCGCCCCCGCGCUCCCCCAGCACCUUCCGCGUUUCCUCCACUCCGCGCAUUCUCCCCCAUCCCCCGCCUCCGCCCCCGUGUGGCACAACCGCGUCACCCUCUCCCGCGUAGCCGCGCUUCCGCCCGCCACCCCGUCCGCGGGAAGCAGGAGAGUCGAGUUGGAAUCAACGGUGAAGAUUAAGGCGACAACGACUCGGCCAAAAUCCGUGCCGUCCACUUUGAGCGCUGCUGACCGUACGAUGCUGCUGAGUCGGAUGAACGAUGCGCGAGCGUCUGUUUCAGCCACAGCCGUCCCACGCCCAUUCGCCGCGCUCCCGAACCUGACCUGGAGCGACACCCUGGCAGGCUCGGCGCAGGCCUGGGCAGCCGAAGAAGCAGGUUCGGUGUGCGCCGGGCCUGUGGACGCGUUUGGCAGCACUCUUUCCCUCUGGUCGCAGCAGCCCGGGAGUCCCUAUGGUGUGAGCUGGUACGGGUUUGAGUCCGCUGCUGCCUCUCCUGCCGGCAGCACUCCCUCUGACGCCCUCACCGCGUGGCUCUAUGAAAAGGCCUUCUAUGAUCCCGUACGGAACGAGUGCGCGGACACGGACGACUGUGAGGACUACCGCCAGAUUGUCUGGCGCACCACCACUGCUGUGGGCUGCGGCAUGCCUAUCACAAUCCCUCCUCCUCACCCUGCUUUCUCUCGCCCCCGGGUCACAUGCAACGAGGCCAAUGCACCCAUCCCAACCUCUCUCUUCGUCCUCCUCUGCUAUUUCGACCCUCUCACACUUCCCCCCGCCCCUCCUUGCACAAUCCCACCCUUCUCUCUCGCCCCCGGGCCAACUCACCCAUCCCAACGUCUCUCUUCGUCCUCCUCUGCUACUUUCACCCCUUUCACACUUCCCCUUUCCCUUCCUUCCUCCUCUUCACCUCCUUCACUCUCUCCCCCACUCCAGGUCACAUGCAACGAGGCCAAUGCACCCAUCCCAACGUCUCUCUUCGUCCUCCUCUGCUAUUUCGACCCUUUCACACUUCCCCUUUCCCUUCCUUCCUCCUCUUCACCUCCUUCACUCUCUCCCCCACUCCAGGUCACAUGCACCGAGGCCAACGCACCCAUCCCAACGUCUCUCUUCGUCCUCCUCUGCUACUUCGACCCCCCCGGAAACCUUCCCAACCAACACCCCUGGCUCUCCCCCCCCUCCCCACCUUCCCCCGCUCCUCCCCCUCCCGCCACCCCUCCCCCUCGCCCACCCCCACCCUCUCCUCGCGCCGCCCCCACUCCCCCCCCACCUCCCCUCCGCGCGCCUCCCCCCAAAGCCUCCUCACCUCCCCCUCCUCCCCCUGUGCGGAGCCCUCCCCCCCGCCUCCCCCCGCCCGCUUCCCCCAGCCCUCCCCCUCCGCGCGCUUCCCCCUUGGGGGUGACCAGCGUGGGGGAGGGGGGGAGGGAGACGCUGCUGCAGGGGAUGAAUGGAGCGAGGCUCGCAGUCCCCUCUGCCAGCCUGUCAGCGCUGACCUGGAGCGACGCCUUGGCCACGUCAGCACAACAAUGGGCAGCCAAUCAGACAGCAUCCCUCUGCUCGGCCCCUCUAGACGCCUUCGGCUCAGCCCUCUCUUUCAGCGCAGCCAUUCCUGUAGCCGCUGCCACCCUCCCCUCUCUGUUUACUGCUGCUACAACCUCUCCUCUGGUAGGAAAGCAGAGCAGCAGCAAAAAGGGCAGCGGCAAGACCAGUGGCAGCAGCACGAGCAACAGCACGAGCGGCAGCAGCAGCGGUGGCGGCGGCAGUGCGUAUGGAGUGAGCUGGUACGGGUUUGAGUCGGCUGCUGCCACUCCUGCCGGCAGCACUCCCUCUGACGCCCUCAGCGCAUGGCUCUAUGAGAAGCAGAACUACAACUCAGAAGCUGACACGUGUGCAGCAGGGGAGCUCUGCAGCAAUUACCGGCAGAUUGUGUGGAAGGCUGCUACAGCCGUGGGGUGUGGCAUGGCUGCUACAGCCGUGGGGUGUGGCAUGGUGGGUGUAAGGCUGCUACAGCCGUUGGGUGUGGCAUGGUGGGUUGUGGCACUUCGAUUAGAACUGCUGCAGCAAUCACCUAUGCCUCUCCCUCUUCCUCUGCUUCCACAUUCACUGCUGCGUCUUGCACCUCUCUCCCUCUGCCUAUGCCUUUCGAGUCAUCUCAAAUCCCACCUCUCACUUAUUCUUUCCUCCUGCCUUUCCCCCUGCCUCUUCCCAUGCCUCUCCCCCCUUGCCUCUCCCCCAUUGCCUCUCCCCCCUUGCCUCUCCCCCCUUGCCUCUCCCCCCUUGCCUCUCUCCCAUUGCCUCUCCCCCCUUGCCUCUCCCCCUCCCUCUCCCUCCACCAUACCUGACCACAUACCUACCAACCAUCCCAGCCUCCUCCAACCUACACCCUUGGCUCGCCUCCCCUCCCCCUCCUCCCUCUCCGCCCUCCCCUCCUCCAUCCCCCCCUCGCUCUCCCAACCCUCUCCCAUCCCCACCUCCCCCUCGCCGCCCUCCUCCUUCUCCUCCUCUCCGUUCCUCUCCCCCUCCUCCCCCUGCCACCCGCUCCCCCCCUCCCCGCCCCCCUCCCCCUGUGCUGCGCCCCCCUUCCCCUCCCCCCCCGUCCCCCCCCCCGGCACGAGGGGCGGGUAUGCUAGGGGGAGGGGGGAGGGCGGAGCUGCUGGCGCUUAUCAACAGAGAGAGGUGGGUGGGGUGGGCGGAGUAUUUUGUCUAUUUGUGCGUGUGAACUUUGAGUCGACAUUGAGUCCCCCUGUGCGGGGGCCGUCUGUGCUGGGGGGAGGGUGGAGGGCGGAGCUGCUGGCGCUUAUCAACAGAGAGAGGGCGCCUGCCAGCCUGUCAGCGCUGACCUGGAGCGAUGCCUUGGCCACGUCAGCGCAGCAGUGGGCGGCCAAUCAGACCGCAGCACUGUGCUCUGCCCCUCUAGAUGCCUUCGGCUCGCUCCUCCCUCUAGCCGCUACAACCGUACCUACAGCCGUGGCUCGGGGUGUGAGCUGGUACGGGUUUGAGUCGGCUGCUGCCUCACCUGAAGGCAGCGCUCCCUCUGACGCCAUCAGCGCAUGGCUCUAUGAAAAGCAGAACUACGAUCCAACCACCAAGACCUGCUCCCCUUUUGAUUCGUGUGACAACUACCGUCAGAUCGUCGGCAUCACAACCACAGCUGUCGGAUGUGGAACGAUUUCCUGCCUUGAGUCCAAAGCACCCAUCCCCACCGGUCUCUACAUCCUCAUGUGCCACUUCGACCCCCCUGGUUACACGCUAACCACCCGCCGCCGCUUCUAG